AUGGGAGCAAUCGAAUCUACAAUGACCAACGGUGAUAACAACGGACACCCCAUGAAUAUUCUUCUGGCGGAUACCUACCGCGACAGAAGCCAAAAGAACGACAGGACUAGACGCGAUAGUAUUCAGACUUUCUAUUCCGCAAAUGAAGAACUGGAGAGCAAUGACCACGCCUCUCAUUCUCCAGGAAUCGACAAUGAAACAGCGUGGUCUCCUCUAAAACAGGACCAGAUGAAGGGUCGUCUGGCCGAACCAUUCCAAACCCCUGAGAGGAAAAGGCCCAAUGCCAAACCACGAGUCUCAGAUCGUCUCGAUGAACCGUUCUCAUUCUCUGUCCCUGAGAUACAGAGAUCCCAUGUCAAACCACGGGUCUCGGAUCGUCUAGACAAUCCUUUCUCCGGGCCUGACCAACUGCCCUUUGAUCGGCCUUUAACCUACGAUGACAAGCACACUUCUCACACCAGAAAAGCAAAGCAGAGGCCAGAAUCAUCUAUCAGUCUAAACUCACAAAUAUCACGAGAAAUCAAAAACUUCCACGGCCACGAGCCAGCAGCGUCUCAUUGGCAAACUCCAAUCGAUCCUCGAGCCGGAGAUGUUCCUCUUCCGUUGGACACAGCGGGGAAAAGCCAUAAUCGCCCUUCCAGGUUAACCAAAAACAAAAGACCUGAGCAAGACAUUAAUCCGCCGUCUCGUCGUCCGGUACAACAACGUGAACUGUUACCGCACACUCGUGCAGUGGAACAUCCUCGUCCGCUACCAAAAGUGCAAGGAUCGCGCAAAUACCUGUCUAAAAGACCACCACCUUUGUCUUUGAAAGGGUCUUCUCGCGACUUCGAGGGUUCUGGUUCUUGUCAAGUUGGUCCGGAUAUAAGCAUUCUCUCCGGGGAAACAGCGUAUGUCCAACCCAGGCGACUCCUUGUAAAGAAACCAAAGGGUCGCGGAGAUGUUCCAAAGGAUUUCAGUAAAUCCAAGGAUUAUGAGCAACCAUCUUUACGUCCAGGGAAGCAGCAGCAGCUUCAUACUCAACAUUCUCCCGUCUCUCCUAUUUCCAGCGGUCCUCUCGGCUCGCCAGUCUCGUCUGUGUCUUCACUGUCAUUUACAGACAACCAUCGUGAUCUCUCCCAGAAAGAAGACAGAUCCGAUAUCAUUUCACCAGAACUGGACAAACCUGACUCCGAAGUGGAAAUCCUGCAACCAACAAAGCUCCAGCCACAGCGAGUUUUCCCCUCCACUCCGAGCAGAUACUUAGAGAGCCACCGGUCAUCCGACGAAGAAAGCAGCGGUGAAGAGGCAGAUUCCACUUUGUGGAGGCCUGUUGGGUCCAGGACGGGACUCUUCGCUGGCCGUUUCGAGUUUGAGUUGGAUAUCCCCGUUGUGACAGAGACAUACGAAGAACCCGCAUCCGAAUCCGAAUCAGACUCAGACAGUCAAGCAGACGUCAGCGCCAAAGGCAAAUGCAAGCAACCAGUACGAGUCCAGACAAAAACAAUAGACGCAACGACCAUCGAAGGAUGUGUAGAAAUCACCGAAUUCGAGAUCAUCGCGGUUGACAAGGGAAAUCAAGACAUCGCGGUUGACGAGAAAAACCAACAUCACUACUUGGAAUGUAUCAUACCAUCUAAGUGCUUCAUAAUGAACAACAAACCCAGCGAGAAAAAAAACGACGAUGUUUAUAGCUAUAACAACCCAGCGACGCGUAAAGCACGAUACUACGGCAUCAUCGAGGGCAUUCGGUUUCCACGCCACAUGAAACAGUGCACACUCGUUGCAAACUUUAAUGUACAGUACUCGCCAAAAAUCAAUUUCUCGAUCAAAGUAAAAGACUGGAAGGUGGAUGUUGAGUGGAUACGGAGAGAACGUGAACAGUAA